AUGGCAGCCGUCCCCCAAGACUUCUCUUCCCAGCCGUCGGCGGCCACUUAUCCCGUCGCCCAUCCACUAUGCCCGCUCACGGCGGCGGAGAUAUCCACCACAGCCGAGCUGCUGAGAUCGGUGUGGCCUUCCUCGAUCGACCUGCGCUUCAAGGUCAUCACGCUGGAUGAACCCGCCAAGAAGUCCAUGAUCCCAUAUCUCGAAGCCGAGCACUCUGGGUCCCCGCUGCCUGAGAUUCCACGAAAGGCCUUUGUGUCUUACUACAUCCGAAACACGGACCGCUUCCACGAAGCAGUAGUCAACCUUUCCGCCCGGACUGUGGAGAGCAAUGUCCGGCUGGGUCCCAAUCAGCAUGGCAACGGCGACUACGACGAGAUUCUGCAGGUGGAGAAGAACGCUUUGGAAGAUGAACGCGUCAAGGAAGCCAUCAAGAAGUUGAAGCUGCCCGAGGGGACGGUCGUGUGUGCAGACCCCUGGAUCUACGGCUCUGACGGCAUCAACGACGACGACCGCAUGUACCAGGUCUUCCUGUAUAUGCGGGACCCGAGCAACCCUUCGGAGCUCGACAGCAACCACUACGCCUUCCCGCUCCCAAUCUCGCCCGUGCUGGACUGCAAUGAAUAUAAGGUCAUCCGCAUCGACUAUCUUCCCACUGGGGCAGACAACACAAUCCACGAACCCAGGCCGUAUCAAGCCAAGCCGGCGAACGAGUAUGUCAGCGAGUACCAGACGCUGCGCACGGAUAUGAAGCCUCUGCGAGUGAUCCAGCCUGAGGGAGCGAGUUUCACGCUCACUCCCGUGGGCGAGACAGGCCAUGUGCUGGCGUGGCAGAAAUGGACCUUCCGCGUCGGCUACAACCAGCGUGAAGGCAUGGUUCUGUACGACGUCCGCUACGACUCGCGGCCUUUGUUCUACCGUCUCAGCCUGAGCGACAUGAACAUCCCCUAUGCGGAUCCGCGACACCCUUUCCACAAGAAGUCGGCGUAUGAUCUGGGCGACGCCGGUGCCGGCGCCAUGGCCAACAACCUGCAGCUCGGGUGUGACUGCCUGGGGCACAUCCAAUAUCUCUCAUCAGUCAUCGCGGACGACAAGGGCACACCGACCCCGCUGGAGAACUGCGUGUGCGUCCACGAGCAAGACGCGGGCAUUGGGUGGAAACACACCAACUACCGCACGGGUCGCGCCGCCGUGGUUCGUCAGCGAGAACUGGUCCUGCAGAGCAUCAUCACGGUCAGCAACUACGAAUACAUCCUGGCCUUCAUGUUCAACCAGGCGGGCGAACUCAUCUACGAAGUCCGCGCCACGGGCAUCUUGUCCACCCAACCGAUCGACCACGAGUUGGACAAAGUGGGCGUCCCCUUUGGCACCGUGGUCCACCCGGGCGUGCUGGCCGUGCAUCACCAGCACAUCUUCUCGCUGAGGGUGGACCCCAUGAUUGAAGGCCACAACAACCGACUCGUGUAUGACGAGGCGCACGCGCUGCCUCUCUCCAAGGACUGGAACCCUCACGGGGUGGCAUACGAGGUCGCGGAAACGGUGGUCGAACAAGCGCAGGGCUUGGACCUGAACCCGGAGGCGAACCGCGUGUUCAAGAUCCAGAACACGAGCGUGCGCAACCCCGUCAACGGGAAACCCGUGGCGUACAAGAUCCACGCACCGCCCUUCCAGAAGAUGCUGUCUCUCCCGUCGUCCUACAACUGGAAGCGCGCCGAGUUCGCCGACCACAACAUCUACGUGACCACACACCAGGACCGCGAACUGUACUCGGGCGGCUGGUACACAAACCAGUCCCGGGGCGGCACGGGCGUGCGCAGCUGGGCCUCCCGCAAGGACAACGUCGUCGACACCGACAUCGUCGUGUGGAUCCAGUUCGGCAUCAACCACGUGCCCCGAAUCGAGGAUUUCCCCGUCAUGCCCUGCGAGAUCCUCAAGGUGUCGUUGAAACCUGUCAACUUCUUUGACAAGAACCCGGCCCUCGACGUGCCCCCCAGCGAACAGCACUUUAACCGCUCCACCUUGGUCAGCGAGAUGCAUCACCAGCCCACCACCGAGGCUGUGGUUGGCAAGGAUGGCGAGUGCUGUGCCCCAGCGGCUGACAGUAAGAGCAAGUUGUAA